CCCUUUUCGAUAAAUUCUCCCUUGUUUGACUGACCAACAAGAGAAGAAGCAGGGAGAGGGAGACGUCAAGACAGAGCUAAGUCAAGAUUCAUCUUCCAGGACCCUGCAGAUCUUCUUGGAAUCGGACCAACAGCAGCGAACUAACCUGGCAUUCCAAGACCUCACGAAAAUUCGUCUUCUUUAUACCUUUGGAAGCAUCGGAUUGUCACUCCGCCUCAGAUUCCUCCUGUAUGUUUGGAUGCAUUUCGGCCCCGAUUGAAACGCAUUGUGUUUUUGGGUGAUGAACUAAAGCUUGAUCUUAGCUUAUUAUUUCUUGCUUUUUAAGUUUUUAGUUUCUUGCUUUAACAAAGAAUUCUAGAAAUUAUUGAAAAAGACAAUUUUGGACUCGUAAUGCUUUUACAUUCAGCAUUAUUGAAAGGAUGGAGGCUAUACGUACUGACGUAAAUACAAGGGAACUAAAGAUUCAACAACUGAAAAUACAUUAAUCUAAUCCCGCCGACAGUACUUGCUUAAGGCCAUGUUCAGACAACUUCUUUCCCAAAUUAAAUUUAAUUAACAUCUUUCUGCAAAUGCCUUGGGGGUGAGAGUCCAUCAUGUAUUUCCCAUAUUUUAUACUUCAUAUAUUCUUGUAGGAACAUUUCAUCACUUGUUCAUAUUUCUUCUCCCCAGAUCUGGGAAUUCAAAUUUCCAAACCUUGACGGGCUCUUAACAGGCUCUGGGUUGGUUCAGACUUCAGUUUUUAUAGUUGGGAAUCUCAUAAAGGAUCAGUCUUGAGGGGUAGAGAUGAUGGGCAUACAAGAUCAUGGGAAUGUGGAGAUGGAAAUUUCUGAUUUUAAAUUGGGGAGAAACAACAAAUACAAGAGGAUGGAUAAUUAUGAUGGUGUAGAUGAUGAUGAUCCAUCCCACCAUGACCAUCUUCAGCUUGAGAAGAGGAGGAAGAGCACUAAGAAAUAUGUCUUUGCCUGUGCUAUCUUCGCUUCUCUCAACAAUGUCCUCCUUGGCUAUGAUGUUGGGGUUAUGAGCGGAGCAAUCAUAUUUAUUCAAGAAGAUUUAAAGAUAACAGAAGUGCAAGAAGAAAUUCUAGUAGGCAUUUUGAGCAUAAUCUCACUUUUUGGUAGCUUAAUUGGAGGAAGAACCUCAGACGCGAUUGGCAGAAAAUGGACAAUGGGUUUAGCCUCAAUUAUCUUCCAAACCGGGGCAGCAAUCAUGGCCAUCGCUCCUUCCUACGAAGUACUGAUGAUGGGCAGAUUUCUGGCUGGGAUCGGAAUCGGCUUUGGUGUCAUGAUUGCACCCGUCUACAUAGCCGAGAUCUCACCAUCUGUUGAUCGAGGAUCCCUGACGUCAUUCCCGGAGAUUUUUAUAAAUCUGGGAAUCCUUCUUGGAUACGUCUCAAAUUACGCUUUUUCCGGAUUACCGCCGCAUAUAAACUGGCGAGUAAUGCUUGCUGUGGGAAUACUCCCUUCCGUCUUCAUAGCAUUCGCUUUGUGUGUGAUUCCAGAGUCGCCGAGAUGGCUGGUUGUGCAGAAGCGGGUGGAAGAAGCAAAGGCGGUGCUGAUGAAAACAAAUGACAGUGAUGCGGAAGUGGAAGAGAGACUUGCAGAGAUUCAGUUAGCUGCUGGGGUGGGGGCCACAAAUGCUGAUAAAUAUGAGGAGAAAUCGGUGUGGCGGGAGCUUUUGAGUCCUCCUCCCCCUCUUGCCAGGAUGCUAAUAACUGGUUUUGGGAUCCAGUGCUUCCAACAGAUAACAGGUAUUGAUGCAACGGUUUACUACAGUCCAGAGAUCUUGAAAGCAGCAGGUAUUACUGGCGAGUCAAAACUCCUUGCGGCAACCGUUGCAGUGGGGAUUACAAAGACGGCAUUCAUAUUAAUUGCUAUAGUCCUCAUUGACAGAGUGGGAAGAAAGCCACUGCUUUAUGUAAGUACAAUAGGGAUGACAAUUUGCUUGUUUGGAUUGGGGUUUGCCCUUACGUUUCUGAGCAGUGAAGGGUCGCUUGGUAUUCCAGCUUCAAUAUUGUUUGUUUGCGGGAACGUAGCGUUUUUCUCAAUUGGUUUGGGACCAGUUUGUUGGGUAUUGACGUCAGAAAUAUUUCCACUGAAGUAUCGGGCCCAAGCAUCCGCAUUGGGAGCAGUAGGUAAUCGGGUGUGCAGUGGGGUGGUCGCCAUGUCAUUUCUUUCUGUGUCGCGAGCAAUCACGGUCGGUGGAACCUUCUUUGUUUUCUCAGCAGUCUCUGCAGUCGCGGUUGCUUUCACCUAUAUACUUGUUCCAGAAACAAAAGGCAAAUCUCUAGAGGAGAUUCAGUUGAUGUUUCAAAAUGAACAGGAAGGUGAAACACAACUUGGGGAUGUUGAGCAUCUUGUGCAGAAAGAGUGAGUUUUGGGGUUCUCUUUCAAUUACUUCUUUUGGAAACUUGCAGCUAUCUUUUUUGUUUUACAUCUGAUACAUAUACCACAAAAUUUUACAGGUGUACUUAGUAUAGAAAAGGUUGAUGCAUCAUAUAUGCUCAGAAUAUCUUUGAAUAUAAUCUAUUCCACACGGACAAUCAUUGUCUUCUCUUGAUUAGUAAAUGUAUUACGGUAACAUUUUUUUAAUCCAUUCAUCAUUGCUUUAGCAACUCAGUCAACCGUUAACUUUAUUUAUUCUUCAUGGAAGACUUAUGUGUAUCCUGUAUAACUUUUAUGCUUUACCUAGAUUUUCA